AUGAAGCCCGCUGUUCGUAGUGUUGAGACGCCUGCCCACUUCCCUCCAGAGCCCGUCACUGACGACCUCGUAGAGGACAUCGUUCGAGGAUUCUGCGCUGACACAUCCAAAGAAGCGAUCGAGGAAGUCGGCUGUGCUUCGUGCGGGAUUCUCUGCAAUCGCGCGUCGUCAAAGUCGGUCAAGGAUCGAAAACUUGACCUCUCGCUUCUCAUAGAACCCCACGCAACUCGACUGGAACGAGAUUCUCUCAGCCAGCCACUGAAGCGUGUCGACGGACCCGUCCUUGCGGAAGGAUGCGAUAGAAUAUGUGUAACGUGCUUCGACCAUCUAGUGAGUGGUAGAAGACCCCCAAUGUCUCUGGCGAACGGCUUAUGGAUCGGAGAGGUUCCGGACGUGCUUAAGGGUCUCUCAUACGCGGAGAUGCAGAUGAUAAGCAAGGUCCGCCACAAUCGUGCCGUUGUUCGCGUUCGAUCCGGCCGUGGCAAAAUGAUCGCUAAUGCAGUCAUGUUCUCGAGCCCUCUUCCCCAGGUACGCCGUGUUCUUCCCCCCCACCGGGAGGAGCUCAACGAAGUCGUAGCAUUCACAUUUUUGGGAUCCGCUCGCCCCACGCCUGAGGAGUUCAAUCGUACGCCAAUGCUCAUGAGACUGGAUGUCGUCGAGAAAGCGCUGCGUUGGCUGUGUCCAAACCAUCCGUCCUUUCAUGACGUGGAGAUAUCGCAGGAGAACAUAGAUAGUUACCGCGUAGAGAAUGCGCUUGUGUGGGAAUUCCGUCAGUUGGCGGACGAUGAUACGAUUCAAGAGGCUACCGCUACGAGUAUGGCCAACGAAGACGUUGACGCUCCAGACCAAGGGCGAUGCCCCUUCGUCGUUCAUGGACUGACA